GGAGGCCUGUUGGGGGCAGCGCUGGUGCGGGUCCGCGGUGGCGGGGGGCGCGGGUCCGCGGGGCCCUUGGCCUUGUGCCGGGCCUGGCCCUUGGCGGGCGAGGAUGCUGCAGUCGCUGGCGGGCAGCUCGUGCGUGCGGCUGGUGGAGCGGCGCCGCUCGGCCUGGUGCUUCGCGCUCCUGGUCCUGGGCUACCUGCUCUACCUGGUCUUCGGCGCCGUGGUCUUCUCCUCGGUGGAGCUGCCCUACGAGGACCUCCUCCGGCAGGAGCUGCGCAAGCUGAAGCGGCGCUUCGUGGAGGAGCACGCCUGCCUCUCCGAGCAGCAGCUGGAGGGCUUCCUCGCCCGCGUCCUCGAGGCCAGCAACUACGGCGUCUCCGUCCUCAGCAACGCCUCCGGCAACUGGAACUGGGACUUCACCUCCGCCCUCUUCUUCGCCAGCACCGUCCUCUCCACCACCGGUUAUGGUCACACGGUGCCUUUGUCUGAUGGAGGGAAGGCCUUCUGCAUCAUUUAUUCUGUCAUCGGCAUCCCCUUCACGCUGCUCUUCCUGACAGCAGUGGUGCAGCGCAUUAUAGUCUAUGUCACCAGGCGGCCUGUGCUGUACUUCCAUAUUCGCUGGGGUUUCUCGAAGCAGAUAGUUGCCAUCAUCCAUGCAGUGAUCCUGGGCUUUCUUACCAUCUCCUGCUUCUUCUUAAUCCCAGCUGCAAUAUUUUCUGGCCUUGAAGAUGACUGGAACUUCCUGGAAUCUUUUUACUUUUGCUUCAUUUCUCUGAGCACUAUUGGCCUUGGUGACUACGUUCCAGGAGAAGGUUAUAAUCAAAAGUUCAGAGAGCUGUAUAAAAUAGGAAUAACAUGUUAUCUGUUGCUGGGCCUCAUUGCAAUGUUGGUGGUUCUUGAGACUUUCUGUGAACUUCGUGAACUCAAAAAGUUUAGGAAGAUGUUCUAUGUGAAGAAAAACAAGGAAGAGGACCAAGUACAUAUAGUAGAACAUGAUCAACUCUCCUUCUCUUCAAUUUCAGACCAGGCAGCUUCCAUGAAGGAAGAUCAGAAAGUCAAUGAACCUUUUGUGACUCUUCAACCUGCAGUUAAUUGUGAUGGCUGUAUAAACUAAACAUGGGCAUCUGUUGCCAUCUCUACAGUGCACUUAACAUUCUUGCAGUUAGAACUAGCAACAUUAAUGAAACUCUAGUGGCAGGAAAGCUAUGCUAUAUUAUCAAUAAUUCAUUUUUCCUUGAAUGUUUAAAGGUAUGUGGGACAAACCGUUUUCUUUAGCCAGAUGUAGAUUCUAGAAACAUGGUGCAGAUGGGGACUCCUGAAUUCAUCAUAUAACAUGGAAAAUAACUUGGUAAGGCUAAAGGACAAUUAUCAGUUAUCUAAUUCAGGUGUUCUCUGUUUGAGAUUGACACAUUUGGAUUCCUUAGAUGAUGUCACAGGUGUCAUCACAUAGUUGCAGAAAUGUUUGGGUGCUGGGAUGACCUAAGCACCAAUUUCUUGGCAAGGACUGCUUAUGAAACUAAAAGGCCAGUUACUUGCUCAAGAAUUUGCAAAGGUGGGGUGGGAGUUCCAAACCCAAAACCACACGUUUGAACCUACAGGUGUCUUCCUCCUUUUCAGGAUUUCCCCCCAACUCUCUUUAUUGCUCUCUGAAGUGCAAACUCCACAAAAUCUUUUCAACUCUCAUCAAAAAUACACAAGUUCCAGCUCUCUUCAGCUGGGAUUCUCAACAUUGUGGAGUAUUGCGGACAUUAUAUUGUACUUCGGACACUCUCUGUCAAAGUGAUCAGGGGCAGAAAUGGAGAAAGUGAUCAGAUCAAAUAGCAAGGCCCUCUUUUGGUAAGGUUUGUACCUUUUUCUUUUAGAGUCACACUUGAAUCAUGAUAGAUCUCUCCCUCCUAAACCCAUUAUUUAUUUUCUUACACAUGUAAUCGCCUGCAAGGGCUCUUAAUUAGGAUUUUUCUGUCACCCUCUCUUCCCUAUCAUACCCAACCAUCCAAUUCCAUCUGUGUAGCUGUAUUGUCUUGCUUCUUCUCACUCCCAUUUCUCCAACUUUCCCCAGGUAGCCAUGUAGUCGUUCCCUCAAGCAGGCAGCAUUCUGCCUCUUUUAACAAGUUAGUAUAUAAAAAAGCAAAAUAUGUAUCAGCUGCUUUCCUCCAUAUUCAUUCCCCUGCAUCAUAUCUAUAAAUAUUAUGGCAAACCAGUAUACAGAUGCUGGGUGGUUAUGAGUGGCAUGUUUUUCAGUACUCUCUGUAAACAAAGCAAAUAUUUUAUUUUUUAAAAAAUAAGAAAGGGCUGGUGAAUUUUGCAAGCACAAAGGGGAGUGUCAGCGGACACAUUGCUCCCCAUGGAUACCAGGCUGGGAAGCUCAGUCCUUGGUUCAUCGUCUCCUUCCAAAGCAUAUGUUCCUAGUUGACAAAUGAGAAUGGCAAGUGUUACAUCUUGUCUGGGUGCAUAAAUGGAAAGUGAAGUCUUUAAAAUAAAUCAUGUUUAUGUAAGGGCAGCUUGUUGAGACAAGACCUGCACAAGAAAAGCAGGAAUAGAACUCUUGACAGCUCUCCUGUGAGUUCACUCAAGUAUGGGAGAGUGCUCAGUUGGUUGUGCCUAUUCUUGUACCAUGUAGAAGCUUAAAAUCCUGACCAAGUGCAUUGCUUCAGUUCUGGGUAGCUUUUUUACUGUGAUUCUGGAGCUCAGCUACUCCCUUCAGUUUCUGGCUAAGUCAGGAUAAUGACAAACAGGUAUUCUAAGGUGUGAUGGAAUGUAUCUUGAAGAUCUAUUUGCUCAGUGCCAAACGCACUGUGAUUGUAUUUCUGUUGUCAAUCAUUAAAUAUAUUCCCAUUCAGUAGGCAUUACUGAGCAAGAAUUCUAUAGCUGGGUGCUUUCCUUCCGGCCUUAAAAAAUAAUAAAAGGGUGUUUUACAACUGAUUUCAAUGGAUAUAUAGGAUCAGGGACCCAUAAACACCAGCAUAUACAGCACUGCAGGCACAACAUAGGGGAAAGCCAUCUUCCUUAGCAUUUACCCACAACCUUUUGGCUCCAAUGUUACCCAUAGGCAUUGAUUCACAAACCAUUUGUUGUCAAGUGGUUUCCGAAUUAUGGUCCUAUCUGUUAAAAGAAGUAGUAAUUGAGCCAAAUACUGAAAUAGCUAGAUUUCUAUGAGAAGACAAAAAUACUUGAAACUGUAUCAUCGAAAACUCUGUAUAUUAAUUUAGUCAAUAAUAACUAGUGUUUGUUAAUAGAUUUUAUACCUUUAUUAGGAAAGUUGACUUUCUUGACAAAUGUGCUUUAAAUUUUACGUGAACUGAAAUUUAUAUUUUAAGAAAACAACUCAGAGAUGCUUCACAAACUUGGUUUGAGUUAUCGUGUAUUUGCAUGUUCUCAUCAAAGUGGGUAUUUUUGUACUGCUUAUGUUGGUUCUGUUUACAAUGUUUAACCUUCAUUUGUGUACAUAAAUAUAUAAUAUAUUUAUAUACUGUAUAUAUGUUCUAGAUGAUCAGAAUGUAACUGUCUAAGACAUUUAAAACUUUAAAGACUUCAUCCACAGAUUCAUCUCUGUAGAAAUGAAUUAAUUCAAACUGUGACAAUGAAAAAAAACAGGCUUAAAUCCUGACCAAAUGAAUGUGGAAAGGUAAGUUGCUAUGUUAAAAUCCUUCUUUUUCAUUAUGCUACUCCUGAGUAGCUUGAUUGCUGUAGCCUUCACUGUGUACUGUAUCAUAUAGGAUUUUGUUUUUCAGAGAAGAUAUAUUGAAACGUGACACCUGUGAACAGGUACAACUUGCAUAAUUGCAAAGCAUUGUUACACGUGUGUGUUUUUAAAAAAUAUGUUAAAUUGCAAGAAGAAUGGAUAUUAAAAGCACAGAACUAAAAGACAAACUAAACACCAUGUUGUGCUGUAUAUUAGCAAUCAACAUUUCAGACAUAAAUAAAGUGUGACUCUACUUGUCCUUUA